ACCACCGGAUCGCCCUCUCUCCGCCGCACCGGUGGUACAUCGGCGGUAACGCGUACGAGAGGCGAGAGCCGCGGAGGUGUCGGCGCGAGCCACGUUCGCGACGACGGUCUGCGCGCGCGAUCUCGAUCUCGAUCUUGAUCGCGUCAACUUCCUCGCGCGCCUCGCGGAGAGAGACUGAGUGUGCGCCACAUCUCGACAGAUCCCGCGGCUGCCCUUCCCGCUCAGGAUCCGCCGAAAUCCUCGUGGAUCUUCGUCUCAAGGGACGCACUCGUGCCGCUCUUCGAUCGACAUCGUCGUGCGUGGAUGCGUGCGCGUACGCGGCAGGACGCGCGUCAUUGAUCGCGAUCGAGGCGACCAACUUCUUCGCGGGCCGGCCGCUUCUUCCAUCCCUUCGCCGUGCGCGAUCUGCUCUCCAUCGCCGAAUGCGCGCCUCCGCGAACAAUCGGAAAAGAGAGCGCAAAGAGACAGGUUAUCGCGAAUCCACGACGUCUCGUCGGACAGUUCGCUGCGACAGUUCACCAAGUAUCGCGGUGUUUCGCCUCGCUACGUUACGUCGAGUGGAUGACACGCGCGGAGCGUAGGUGCGGGCUCAGUGGAUACGGACGGUGCAGGACGGACAGACACCCGCGGCGAAAUCUGCUACGGGCUGCCUCCGCCGAUGUCGAUUAACGCAAACUGUGAUUGACCGAGAAGGGUCGGUGGCACCGGCGUCGUCGCUCAGGCCCGACGACGGUUAAGUCAAUUCUCUCCUCGUGCUGUCCAUAUACCGUAGAUUGAACUGUAAUCUACAGAGGGGGAUCGAGAGGCGUUCGUCGGCCGAGCCAGGCUACCGGCGAUCAAGGAACGCAAUCACUUCACAAACUUGACGCAGCGAUGGUCAUCAACAUAUAAACAGUGCAUAGAUUGGAUCCCUGUGGGCCAUUUCUAAGCUCAGAUACGCAUGCGAAAGGACCGACCGGUACAUCGCACGGGAGCAAAACACUCGCAUCUGAAAGUCCAUGGAGUCUCGGGGCGGAAAAUUGUGGAAAAUGGAGGUCGCAGCGAACUCUGAAAUAGACGUGCAAGUACACGAGAGGAGUAACAGCCGCCGUGCAUCGGCCAGGCGUUGACUCCGCGUCCGCCGAAAGCCGGAAGAGGAAGAAAAAGAAAGCCGAAAAAGAAAAAAUAGAAAGAGAAAAAAGAAAGGAAGCUUCAGAGCCGCUAACGAGGGCGGACCAUGAUACAUUAUCUAACCAGAUGAUGAAUAGCGAGCAUUGAAGACGGGAAAUACGCUUUAGCCACGAUGGAGGUUCACGUCAAUCAAGCGGUAAACGCAUCCGCGGAAGAUCCAGUCUUCAUCGACGCUUCGAUCGUCCUGAGAGCUCUCGUGCUCUUCAUCCUGAUCCUCGUCACUAUCUUAGGGAACCUGUUCGUGAUAGCGGCUAUCGUGUUAGAACGAAAUUUGCAGUCCGUGGCGAACUACUUGAUCGUCAGUUUGGCCGUCGCGGAUCUCAUGGUCGCCUGCCUUGUAAUGCCUUUCGGAGCUCUUUACGAGAUAAAGUCGGGAUGGUCACUCGGGCCGGAACUCUGCGACAUGUGGACCAGCAGCGACGUUCUAUGUUGCACAGCCUCGAUAUUGCAUCUGGUGGCUAUCGCGGUCGACAGAUAUUGGGCAGUCACCGAUAUCAAUUAUAUACAGGCGAGGAAUCCGAGAAGAAUCGGCAUCCUGAUCGGCACUGUGUGGGUAGUGUCCUUAGGAAUCUCAUUAGCGCCCCAGCUUGGAUGGAAGGAUCCUGAUUAUUUGGACCGAAUAGCCGAAGGGACGUGUAUCAUAUCGCAGGAUACUGCAUAUCAGAUCUUCGCAACUUGCGCGACAUUUUAUGUGCCGCUUUUCGUCAUCUUAAUUCUGUACUGGAGGAUAUUCCAAGCGGCGCGAAGCAGAAUCAGGAGGAGACCCGGCACCAUCCUUCAGCCUCCGCGCGAACGAAGGGGCAUCCUCAGGCUCGUCACGAGAAGGCCGCGGGAAGAGUCGACGGCGUUCACCAUAACGAGAUCCACGCCGGACCAUUCCUCCAUAUCGCCGGAGAAGUCGUCGUCGUACAACGGGGCGAACGUGACCCCGUCGGCGACGGUGACCCCGACGGCGGUGUCCACGACAACGACCACGACGACGCUGACGAAUCCGACCAGCACCAGCCAGCAGCAGCAGGUGGUCUCGACGAAGCGCACCCGCGAGACGAUCGAGUCGAAGCGCGAGAGGAAGGCGGCUAAGACCCUGGCGAUCAUCACCGGCGCGUUCGUCGCCUGCUGGCUGCCCUUCUUCCUGUCGGCGCUGCUGCAGGCCGUGUGCCAGGCUUGCAAGCCGCCCGAUCUUGUGUCCAGUGUGUUCCUGUGGCUCGGAUACUUCAACAGCACCCUCAACCCCGUGAUUUACACUGUGUUCUCGCCGGAAUUCAGGCAGGCAUUCAAAAGGAUGCUGUGCGGUGGUACGCGGGGACUUCGCUGACAGUGGAUUUAAUUCCUUUGCCGUGCGGCAAAUAUGCUACGAGAUGCGUGAAACUUGUACAUAUAUACAUAUAUAUAUAUGAACAUAUAUACAUAUAUACAUAUAUGCCACGCACACACGCUCACUCUACCGGCGUUUUCUUCCACCUGGAUAUUCGAGUCUGGAUGUUUCAAGCAAGUACUCGCGUAUCUAGAUGCGAUAUCGCAAUUGAUUGCAUACUUUUACUUUCGUUUUCGUUUUUAAACACUUCCUCGGAAGAUUUUCACAAGAGUGCGUCGGGUAUAUUAUUUUUCAACACACAUAGAAAAAUAUCGUUCUGCUGUAAAGACAAGCGAUUGCUCAAAGUUCACUUUUUCUUUUUUAAGUAAUAGUUAUCUUUGACGAAGAAUAUUUUCUUGAUAAUAACUUGAGAUUACUUAUCGGGAAUAUUAGAAAAGUUUAUUAUCGAGUAAAAGAUUUAAAAGACUUUCUUUUCUUUACAAGAAUAUUAUAAAACUUUAGAAGAAAAAAGUUGGCUCAAUUCUAUAACAAGCAAAUAGAAUCUGUCUUUUAAUUUAAUAUCCUUGGUUGAAACACGCUAAACUUAAGAAGAUUUAGAAUGUAUUUUGUACAAAAUUUGAUGCUUAUGCGAUGAAUUUAUAAUUUAUGGAUACAUGAAUUUACGAAAUGCUUGAAACAAGCAACAUUUAUUACUUAAAGGCAACAUGUAUUUUUUUGUGUGUACACGCUUGACGAUUACUCCACUCGAUAAGAGAGAUAGAGAACUAUAUGUUCUCUUUGUUUCGAUGAUAUAUGAUAUCUUAAUUCAACUCAGAACGUAUUUUUUCCAAUAUUUCCGUAAUCCAGUUCAGUCCUAUCAACAUCUAAAUACGACGGGCGGUAUCCAGGAGACACUUCUUCCUUUUGCAACUCUUCGCGAGAUAGCCGAGCCGUGCAUCAUUACCUUCAUAGACACCCCUAACGAGUAAAAACCGACGGCUCAUUUCCGUAAGCGAUAGAUAAAGUUAACUGGAGUUUCAGCCGCGCGGUGGGCGCUAAGCACAUCACAGCGUUAGCUGACGACGGCGGAGACGCGAUUCUACGUAGAAUAUUUUUGCGAAACGCUUCCUUUGAGCGCCGGAGGAUCAAACGAACGACAGUGGCGCAACAUUACUCGCGAUUCUGUUCGGACGAGCGUAAAUGUACAGGAAAGUGAGAGAAGACGAGUACCGAGAGCCACAAAUCUGUCAGAAUGGAAGUCGAACCAUAAACCGGUCGACACACAUACACACACACACACACAUGUGCAAAUCGAUAAAAAUUCGCUCAAGGAAUGUAUAUUUAAGGCAUGGCUAUAGAUGUUUCUUUUUCAAUUACGAUGUAAAAAUAAUUCAGCGGGGAAACAUACGAGUCACCAGAUGCCGCGGACGCCGAAAUCGCAAAAUCUUAUAUUUUACAAAAUAAAACGGAUAAAGUGGAGGGACGUAUCGGAAAUUAGAGGAUCCGCUCAAAUAUUGAAAAUUGCGAAUUGAGUGUCUAAGGUUCCGAUUACUCGUACGGUGCACGCGUUUUAACGCGUCUAAACAAAUCGAGAAGUCGGUGAGAUAAAUCUCACGUUUCGUCAUCCAAUGUAGUUUCUUCAGAGCACCCUGAAGGUGACAAGAAAUCGCGAGGGAUGCUCGCCGCAACUGCACGGCAUUGCGUAAGCGGACGAUAAUACUCUGCGGUCGUAUAUUUCCAAGCGAUAUUGUGAAAAUAGCUGUCCAUAAAAGCGGAACAACUUUCCACACGCACAGAAUCUUGGCUCGUCUUCAAAGUACAUAUAUAAUGACGCCUAAGGCCCGUGUUAAUAGUCGUCAUCAGGAACUUGUCCCACAUGAGAUACUCAGAUUAAUAUUCAGACUCAAAUCCAAGUUUCCAAGUUGAAUUAUAAUGCAUAUGACAUUUAUAUCUGCAGUCGCGAUUCAAAUGAUAAACUGUCAUCUAACUAUUAACUGAAAUCUGAAUACAUUAAUGAUAAUUAAUUAAUUAUCCCUAUUUAGAGGAAAAUUUUUAAUUAAAAAUUUUUUAUAUACAUUCACCUUAUGUUUAGAUCUUAUAGAUCCUAUUUUAUGUUGAUUUUUACUCUCAGAGCUUUUAACUUUUUUCUUUUUGAAAUCCGAGUAUCUCAUUUGAGACGAGUUUGAAAAGUAGUAACUAUUAAUACACUGAAAGAAAUUAUUCGAUAAAAACUUAUCAAACGAAUAUUUCCGAUCAGAUUCUAAUCAAUUUUUAUAUCCGAUUAAAUUUAAUCGUAUACUUCCGACCAUAAUGGCAUUUCACCAGACAAACUGACCGAAAAAUGGAGAACCGAUAUUUCUCGUCGGAUGUUUCCCAAUCAGAUAUAAAAAUUGGUCGAUAUAUUGGUCGAAAAUAUACGUUUCGUAAUUACUUAUCGGAUAAUUUCUCUCAGUAUACAGGCUUAAGUGUACGUUAAGUUCACAUGGAGGUGGACUUGGACGUUAAUUGAGAACGUAACAAGGCGAGUACGUUGCGAAUAACUACGACACGAUGGAUCCUCCUUUCAGAUCCGUCGCGAUCUGUACAAAAAUCCCACCUUUAAAUAAAAAAAAGAAAAGAAACGCAACCUCACAGUCGAGUCACGCUAGAUACACCUUACGCUUUUUAACUUGGUUCGAAGUUAAAAGUACGGGGAAUUUCCCAAGUAUAAAACGUUCUCGCCUUAUGAAGAUUUGCUUACGCGACUUUUCUCACAUGGAGUUUUAUAAUAAAGACUAUAUAAGGUGUGUCUCCAACGAGCGGCAGAAUUGAAUAGAAAGGUUCGUGAUUUUCUGCAUACGCGUAGCUGCGUGUUUGUGUGCGUUUAUGUAUGUAUGCGUGAAUGUGUGCGCGCGCGCGUGCGUGAUGGAUUCUGAGAUUUAUUUUCACGAAUAUCGUGAAUAUCGCGCGCGAAUAAUUGACGUGAAAUGAUAAUAGCGAUGCGUGGUAUAAAUGAAACGACGAAGCGCAACCUCGCCGUGAAGCGUCGCGAUCUAAGCUCAUAUCGUGAAUCUAACGUUAGAAUCAAAAGAUAAAGUGACCGGGCCUGCAGCCAAUCGUCGUUGUCGUCGUCUCUCUUUCCCUCUCGUGUAAAUUUAUCUCUAUUUAAAGUGGAAAUACUCUCUGGUAUUCUCGAAAAUAUAAUUUUAGCCUUGCCAUUCAAUUCUGCGUCUUUUAGCGUAAGCCUUCGAAUUUACGUAGUAACAAUGUGCGUCCUAUAAUAUUACUACGUAACACUACUGUAAUAUAUUACUAUGUAAAAAAUAUGACGUUUGAUUUACAGAGCAACGACUGAUCGAGAUAUAUAUAUAUAUAUAUAUAUAUAUAUAUAUAUAUAUAUAUGUUCGCGCGAGCGCGUACUACUUAACGAAUAGGAAUUGAAGAGUGUGGCUCUUUUCGUUCGUAACGUCUAUACUUUCAAAACGCCGGACGCAAGUGCACAUGCAUUCGUUUCAUUUCUACGUCUACUUACGAAGCCGCUGGGCUCUCGCUCUAUUUAGAAGUAAGUAUAGUUCUAGAUUAAUCAUAAUAAUAUAUUAGGCUGAUUGUGAUAAACGGCGACAAUAGCUUCCUCUUCGUCAGAAAUGAUGAGACUCCAUCUGCCUGCCGUCUAAUUAUUUUGCAAAUAUAAAGUUACAUACCACAUCGUACUUUUAAAAAUUACUUCUAAGAAAUACACAUAAAACUCAUGGCACUCUUUCCAUGUAAAAUAAUUUGCCCUAAAUGUUACUGUAUGCCAAGUUGAAUUCACGAGGUACAAACAAUGUCGUUCAAAAAAUUGAAAAGAAAGAUAAGGGAUAUUACGAUGGAAGGGCGCGAUGUUCCUUGACAAGUGUCAAUAUAUAUAUCAAACAUAAUAAUUAAUAUAUCAGCAUAACAAUCAAUUAAACCGAUUCAAUCAACAAACACUCGCGGGUGAAUUCUUCUCACUUCUGACGACAUUGUUGCUGAAAUAAUGACGGCAAUAUCGGAUACGCUUGCGCUAUCUAAUUAUGUCACUGGUCGUCGUUCUACUCAUACGACAUGACUAAUAAAAUAUAACAUUUUGUUCACACGUGUUAAUUUUUUUACAUCACGAAGAAGCGGACCGUUGUUUACACUGCAAAUAUAUCAGCAUGUUAUUUCGACUGAA